AUGUCGGCCUGGCAGGAUAACCAAGGCUCUGCCUCCAGUAGCGCAAAACAAGAGAAACCAACUCUGGCAACUCUUCCUUCGGAAACUCUCAAGAUCAUCUUCUCCUACGCUAGACCAAAAGACCUGGCCAGUUUGGCCCGUGUCUCUCGAGCUUUUCGCGACUUCGCUGCUGCGCAGUUGUACCGCAGUCUCAGUCAUGUUUUCACAGAUGACGAAAAGAAAGAUGGCCAGCUGUCGGUUGACUACCUUGCUGCAAUCCUCGAGACGUUGACAACGGCUGAUUACAACUAUGCACGCUUUAUCAAAGAGAUCUCCAUCGACACGGAUACAGAGUCCAGUGCGGAGCAAGCCAUUCGAGAGUUCAAAUACGACUACUCUUGCGGCAAAUUUCUUAACACUCUGAUCUUCGCAACGCUGAAGAAGGUCACCGCUCUGGAGACAUUCAGGUGGAAUGUGCGUGUCGAGAUCGGUCAAUCCGUCUUCCUAAUCUUGAGCAAGAUCUCUACUCUCCAGAACCUCCAUGUCCGUCUCCAGCCGGGACCUUCGCUGCAUUCGUUGUCAAUUACCAAAGCCGUCAAUAACCCACCCCCUCCUCCGACUGCUAUUCCACAUAGCCAUCAAACCCCUCAGUUUAUCACCCAAACCCACAACAACAAUGUGGUCUUUGUCCCUGCACCAAGUGCAUACCUGCCGCCUCCCAAGUCGACAUCCGCAGGUAAGAAUGUCAAACCUGCCCGGAGACUGGGGAUCAGUAAACCUACCGUGGAACCUCACAACUUUUCCCGGUUUUCUGGGCUCAGAAGCUUGGCCGUCUUGGACAUCGACAGCUACGAAUACAUUCCGGAGAUCGCAGCGUGCGUCUCGUCUUGCUCUGCGUCACUCAAAUCACUGAAGAUUUCCUUCUCCGAGAACCUGGCGCUGAAGGCCCGAGGUAAGGCAGGGACAGAGAUUUCAGACAUAGAAACCGUUGAGGACGCGGUGUCUGAUGAUUUUGGUUUUCAAGCACCGCCACCACCUCUGCCCCCUAUCUCGAACACCGGGAAUGCAUUUGCUGCCACCACAAGCUCUUCUUCUUCCUCCACAAACCAUGUCGAUGCCCGCAAGGAACGCGCUGCUCAGGAGAAGACUCUCGCCCGGAUAUUCGGUCUAGACAAACAGGAUCCCGACCAAAAAUUGCUCGAUGAGUCGUUUGAACGGGCCAUUACCGCUGCAUACAAGGAAUCCCAGGCGGCAGCGAGAGCGUUCUUGAAACGCGACCAGGACCGUCUCUUUGUCAGGAAGCUAAAGGAUAUCACGGCAGAGAUCCGUUCGGACAUGUCAUCGGCCAAAGGAUACUCCGCCAAGUCUCUCAAAGCCCUAGAGAAGAUGGAGAAAGCAGCGAGCAAAUACUUAGAACGAGAAGAUACUAACGAAUCCCUCCGUUCUGCAAAUGGAUCUUUCAGUCAGGAGGGAAAAUCGACCAAAGUCAACGUUGCCGCCCCCGGUGAAUCCAGCCAUAGCCACUAUGUACAGCCGCCAGGUGAUGUAGGUCAUGCCCCGACGAACCCCUCUGAUGGCCAUUAUUUCGACUAUUUGGAGAAGGUCUUAGACAAUUCCCCACACCCGCCGGCUUUCCCGUUUAACUGGAAUGACACCAAGGAAGAGGUUCCGACUCCCGACUCGAAAAGCGAGGACCAGAACACUCAUACCGAUGUUUCUCCAUUAACAGAACUUGUGGAGCAAUCAGCUCAGCCUGAAACAGUCCACAUAGAGGACGUACUGGACGAUGACAAUGCUUUCGUGACGCCUAAAAUGUACGAUGGAGUUGCCGAAUCUGCCUUAUCAGGAACUUCCAAGCCUAGUGGUGUAUUUGAAGGCCAGAAGAAUACGCAAGAAGAUGCUCUGUCAGAUGUCGUCGACAUGGAACAUCCUGAUGAUGAUGGAGACAGUGGAGACGACCAGGAGCCCGCCGAAGAUGGCGGCGAAUGGAAUUAUGACGAGACCCAGGGCUCAGCAUCAAAAACUCCUGUAACGCACAACGCUACAGAUAAUCAGCAUAACGCCAGUACCAGCAAAGGAAAAGAGCCAGUAAGAAAUGGCAUAAACAACAGCGACGAGGGAAAAUGGGAUUACAAGAAGGACAUCCAAAAAUACCUCCGCGAACAUCAUGGUCUUCCCUUGGAAAGCCUCUCGAUCCAUUUGAUUCCGGUCAAAGCUUCGGUACUCGUUAAGGCUGUCGACAUCUGCAAUCUGAAGCAUCUGUCGUUGUUGAAUGUCGGGAUGCAGAGUCACUUUUGGGGGACGCUUGCAAAACUGGGGCAUCCUCUCAGCUUGACUUCCAUUCACACUGACAAUGUCACCCAGUCUUUUCUCCAUUUUCUGAGCAGCCACCACGGUCUUGUAGAGCUUUUCCUGUUGGAGCGCAAUCGCAAGUCGAAACUGGCGGGCUCACUGAGAACCACCGUAGGGAUCGAGCACAUCAGAAAACAGGCAUUGAAAAAGCAUGCGGGAACCCUCCGGAGACUAGUGAUCAGGAACGACGACAGUGACGGUUGGGCACUGAAUCCGAAAUCGAUUCUGACGCUGGUCAAACUGGGCGUCAAUCUCGAAGAGCUUAUGAUCGGGCUGACCUCGGCGAACUUGCACCUCUUCAUGCAGCAUAUUUCGAGACUGCGGUCUCUCUUUGCGUUGCACAUUCUCUACCACGGUCAGAGUCGCGAUGUCCACGUGGUACGCGAAAUGCGUUUCAGCAUUGCCGAUACUAUCGUCCAUUGUCCUACUCUUCCGGUUGAAUACGUGGGCGUGUGUUACGCGGUGCAUGUUCCGAGCUCUGAUCUGGUGACGCAGCUGAGAAGGACCGUUGGCAAACCCCGUGUUGAACCUCAGACUGCUAUCUCGUCAAGAGCGAUGACGGAUAUCAAAGGAAAGGGCAAGGCAAAAGCAGACCUGGAACCAGACCAUGAUGUUGCACUCAUGGAGGAAUUCCUUGACGAAUGGGCCAUUGAGGAUAGUGAGGAUGAACUGGAGAGCUGGGAGGAGAAUUCGCCCAUCGUAAAGAUGGAUGUGAAGAUGAGCGAUGUCGUCGGUGUAAAGAUGUGGGAAAAGGAGAUCUGGAGACUGAAGCUCUAA